AUGUUGCGUCGGUCAUACCUUCUGUUUUGCGUUCCACACCUCUCCGCUGUGUACGGGCGCAGCUUUACCGUCUCUAGUCGUGUCUGGCACCGCAUUAACGAGAAGAAUGGAGAGGAGGGCUUCCAAAACGACCAGCGUUUCCUACGCCUUGCGGUGGAUUCGGGUGGCUGCCACGGCUAUAAGUACCAUUUCUCCUUUGAAGAGAACGACGCUCUUGUGCCGGAGGAGGACGUUGUCGUCGCCGAGACGGAUGUUUUGCCUGUUGGCGCUGAGGGCCGUAGUGGGGUGGAGCCACCACCGCGAGUGGUCGUCGACAGGCACUCGUUGACAAAGCUGCAGGCAGCAGUCAUUGACUUUCACUCUGAAUUGAAAGGGGCCGCUUUUGUGGUGGUUGGAAACGAGUUGGUUGACGAAUCCUGCGCGUGUGCCAUGUCAUUUUCGAUUAAAAAGCGGCAGCCUCAAAAGUAA